ACAGCAACGAUGGCGUCAAAGGUUUCCUGCUUGUAUGUUCUGACAGUUGUUUGCUGGGCAAGUGCUCUCUGGUACUUAAGCAUAACUCGUCCUACUUCUUCCUACACUGGCCACAGACAGUUCAAUAGCAUAUCAAUAGCCAGAAAAAACGUCUCCUUUGGCAAUAUAAGAACUCGACCUAUUAAUCCACAUUCAUUUGACUUUCUUAUCAAUGAACCCGAUAAAUGUGAGAAGAGUGUCCCUUUCUUGGUCAUUCUUAUCAGCACAACUCAUAAAGAAUUUGAUGCAAGACAAGCAAUUCGAGAAACAUGGGGAGAUGAGAACAACUUCAAAGGAAUUAAAAUUGCCACGCUAUUUCUGCUCGGAAAAAAUGCAGAUCCUGUGCUAAAUCAAAUGGUAGAGCAAGAAAGCCAAAUUUUUCAUGACAUUAUCGUGGAGGAUUUUAUUGACUCUUAUCAUAAUCUCACUCUGAAAACUUUAAUGGGGAUGAGAUGGGUAGCAACAUUUUGUUCAAAAGCAAAAUAUGUUAUGAAGACAGACAGUGAUAUUUUUGUAAACAUGGAUAAUCUUAUCUACAAGCUGCUCAAACCCAACACCAAGCCAAGGAGAAGGUACUUCACCGGUUAUGUUAUAAAUGGAGGACCAAUAAGAGAUGUUCGCAGUAAAUGGUACAUGCCCAGAGAUUUGUAUCCUGAUAGCAAUUACCCACCCUUCUGUUCAGGCACCGGCUACAUUUUUUCAGCUGAUGUAGCAGAAUUAAUUUACAAAACCUCCCUUCACACCAGACUUCUUCAUCUUGAAGAUGUGUAUGUAGGACUCUGCCUCCGGAAGCUUGGCAUUCACCCCUUCCAGAACAGUGGCUUCAAUCACUGGAAGAUGGCCUACAGCUUGUGUAGGUAUCGCAGAGUGAUUACAGUGCAUCAGAUAACGCCAGAAGAAAUGCACAGAAUUUGGAAUGACAUGUCAAGCAAGAAACAUCUUAGAUGCUAAGAUUUUUACAGCUGUAAAUACCUUUUUUGGUUUUGCUUUAGUUUGAUUAUUUUUUGACGGAAAGUGAUCUGCUGAUUUACAAGUUAAAUCUUGAGCUACUACCUGUCAGAAGGUUUUGAACAACUGAUUUCUCAUUCUUUUUCUGACUACUGGUUUACAGACUUCAAGCUCUUUUCAUAAGAACAUUUACACCUGUCAAAAGGGUCCAGAGUCAAAGCAUAGAUUU